AUGAGUAAGAAGAUGUCUCUGCCAGAGCGUGACCUCGACAUUCCAGAUAAGAACUGCUAUCGCAUGGUCGUGCUCGGAUCCACCAAAGUGGGUAAGACGGCAAUCAUCUCUCGCUUCCUUAACGAGCGUUUCGAUGAUCAUUACACGCCGACCAUCGAGGAUUUCCACCGCAAGUUCUAUAGCAUACGCGGAGACGUCUAUCAGCUUGACAUCCUGGACACGUCCGGAAACCAUCCCUUUCCAGCCAUAAGGAGACUCUCCAUCCUGACAGGUGAUGUUUUCAUCCUGGUGUUUAGCUUGGACAAUCGAGCCUCUUUUCAGGAAGUGCAGCAACUCAAAAGGCAAAUCUUCGAGACUAAGUCAGGCCUAAAAACCAGGACAAAGGAGAGCAUCAAUGUGCCACUGAUCAUCUGUGGCAACAAGUGUGAUCGUGAGUUCACCCGUGAGGUUUCAAAGGAUGAGGUUGAACGACUGGUAGCGGGGGAUGUGCACUGUGCUUAUUUCGAAGUAUCAGCCAAGCACAACACAAAUGUGUAUGUCAUGUUUCACACACUUUUUACCAUUGCCAAACUGCCUCAUGAGAUGAGCCCGGAUCGCCACCGAAAGAUCUCGCUGCAGUGUGGUGAUUUGCUGCACAGAAAAUGCCUGCGCCAUCGUAAGUUUAAGGAUGGUGGUGAUGCGUACGGUAUUGUCGCUCCUUUUGCAAGGCGGCCAAGUGUACACAGCGACCUCAUGUACGUUAAGGAGAAAGCCUUACAUCAAAGCACCAAGGAUCGCUGUGUCAUAUGCUAA